CUGCAUCAUCGACAAGUCAUCAACGAAUACAGACUAGAUUGUAAAGUAGUCUAUGGUCGUACGAAGUAAAUACAAGGGUUGCAUGUUUUGCCGAGUUUCCAAUUAAAAUUGCUGUUUUUCUUUCAAUGACUGUUUUUAACCAAAAUACAAAAUGAGUUUUUCUAGUGAUGAAGUAAAUUUCCUUGUGUAUCGGUAUCUGCAAGAAUCAGGCUUCCACCAUUCUGCUUACACAUUUGGUAUCGAAUCACAUAUCUCUCAAAGCAACAUCAAUGGAGCCCUGGUACCACCUGCAGCAUUACUAAAUAUACUGCAGAAAGGAUUACAAUACACGGAAGCAGAAAUCACGAUUGGAGAAGAUGGAACUGAAACACGACUCACAGAGAGUUUAAGUUUGAUUGAUGCGGUCACACCAGAUAUUGUAGCUGCAAGACAAAAUGCUCAUAAUGCUCAAAAGCAAGCAAUUAAGGCUGAACCAGGAUCUGGUGGAGAGCAGAAUGGAGUUGAUGGUACAACAUGCAAUGCUGCAGCAGCAGCUCCAGGAGGAGCUGCAACUCCAAGUGCUCCAGAAUCCAUGGAUUUGGAUCAAUCUAUAGAAAUACCAGCCAGUAAAGCAACUGUGCUAAGAGGACAUGAAUCUGAAGUAUUCAUUUGUGCAUGGAACCCAAGUACAGACCUAUUAGCGAGUGGAUCGGGUGACAGUACAGCAAGAAUAUGGGACAUGUCUGAUAAUCCAGCAACCACACCAAACCAGUUAGUGUUGAGACACUGCAUACAAAAAGGUGGAGCUGAAGUACCCAGCAACAAGGAUGUCACAUCUCUAGACUGGAAUUGUGAUGGAAAUCUCUUAGCCACAGGUUCAUAUGAUGGCUAUGCUCGAAUCUGGACCACAGAUGGUACAUUGGCAUCAACAUUAGGUCAACAUAAAGGACCAAUAUUUGCUUUGAAGUGGAAUAAACGUGGAAAUUAUAUUUUAAGUGCAGGAGUUGACAAGACAACAAUUAUAUGGGAUGCAUCAACAGGACAAUGCACACAACAGUUUUCAUUCCACUUGGCACCUGCGCUUGAUGUAGAUUGGCAAACCAACACUUCAUUUGCGUCAUGCUCCACUGACCAAUGUAUUCAUGUCUGUAAACUUAAUGCUGAUAAACCAAUUAAAAGCUUCCAAGGACACACUAAUGAAGUGAAUGCUAUAAAAUGGGAUCCCCAAGGACAGUUGCUAGCAUCAUGUUCAGAUGAUAUGACAUUGAAGAUUUGGUCUAUGAAGCAGGACACAUGCGUACAUGACUUGCAAGCACAUUCGAAAGAAAUUUACACAAUUAAAUGGUCACCUACUGGGCCUGGAACUCAGAACCCAAAUAUGAACCUGAUCUUAGCUAGUGCUUCCUUUGAUAGCACUGUCCGUCUGUGGGAUGUUGAGAGAGGUGUAUGCAUACACACCCUUACAAAACACACUGAACCAGUUUAUAGUGUGGCAUUUUCACCGGAUGGAAAGUUCCUUGCUAGUGGUUCAUUUGACAAAUGUGUUCACAUAUGGUCCACACAAACCGGAAGCUUAGUUCACUCCUACAAAGGCACCGGAGGCAUUUUCGAAGUGUGCUGGAAUUCACGAGGCACGAAGGUUGGCGCAAGCGCAAGUGAUGGUAGUGUUUUUGUUCUAGACUUGCGUAAACUAUAACAACAAGCUUUCAGAAACACUGUAUGUGUGUUUAAUCAUAAGAAAAUCAGACGAUGAUUUUGAACUUUCAGAUGACUGUAGGAACCAGAAUGUAUUUAAUUUUAUUGUAGCUGAAUUGUCUUGAAUUUAUGGCAAUAACUAUAGAUAAACAUUAUCCAUUAGUGUUAAGGUAAUUCCCUAUCACACAAAAUUAAGUUGUAUUCAUAUAUUAUUGUUAUACUAAAUUAAAUCUUAAUAUGAUACUUGUGAACAAUGUAUAACAUAAUCAUCCGCUGCAUGUAAGAUAUUUGUGGUGCGAGGUGGUUUUGUAAAAUAACAAUGUCACCUGAAUCUAAUCCAUAAUAUAAUUUGACAUUAUUGCAAACUAGUUACUUAAUUUUUGUUACUUGUGUAAUAAUAGGAUUUUUUAUAAUAAUAAAUAAAAAUCAUAAGUUGUAUUGGUAAUGUAUCUAAUUUUAUUAUAUCCUGAUUGAUUGAGUAUUUCAAAUUCAAAGAUAAUUAUACCUAUGAUAAUAAGUUAUUGUUCCUUCUUUUUCUGUAAGUUGCUAUUAAAUCAAGGGAAAAUAAUACUAGAUAAACAAAGCUAUGUCAUAGGUCUCUUAUAUGCUAAUAAAUCAUCAUGCUUAUAAAGACUAUGUAAUUUUUCAUACAUAAAUUUGAAGAAAAAUAGCAAGUUAUCAUAUUGUCCUGUGUAAGGUUGACACUGAGGAUGGUCCUCUUCUGCCUUAUGUAUAGGAGAAUGAAUUGUCAGUGUUGACUCAUAGUUUUUACCCCUACCCCAUGCACAUACAUGUAACUCCAGUAACAGUUGAUGUAAAGCUUCAAUAGUUGAAAGAUACCAUCUAGGACUUCCGCGUUGAUGGCGCCAAAAUUGUGAAGCUCUACGCUGUAGCACUAUUGUGGGUAUCUUUCGUAUUCGUUCAUCAGCAUAAAUACCUUUACUUUGGUUCCAAGUACUAUCAAUCAGAACUACUCUAUCAACAGGUAAUUUAUGAACAUGAUGAAUUUCAUCAAUUUCAUCAGAAUUAAAUAUUUUUGUCAUCAUUGUACAAACAUUGUACCCAGAGGGCAAUUCUGCUAGUAAAAGAUCAGAAUAGGUUGGACCUUCCUUUUUCCCUGUAAAUAAUUCUUUGACAGUCCUAGCUGACACUCCUGGGAACAAAAGAACUGUUCUGCCAUCUAGAGUAUAUUCUGGUACAUCAGGAUAUGUGUAAAUACUAACAUCAUAAGGAGCUAAAACUGCUGCAUGUGCUGAUGUACUUUUCCCAUCGAUUUCUCGUUGGUGUUUGAUAAUAUCAACUUUGACAGGGAGCUUACACUGUGGAAUUUUACCCUGAAUAGAGGGUACCGGAAUGUAACACGUAUAGCAGAAAUACAUACGAGAUUUGUUACAGCGAGGACACGCACUUCUACUAUUCAAAUUAUCUAAAAACUCUGAACUGGAGAUUAUCAUUCCUUCAAAUGGUUUGUCAUCUCGACUACGAGCCUCAUAACUUUUAGGAUUCAUUCUUUCUCAACUAAAACAAGUCUAGUAGGGGCAGCAGUUAGAUACCAUAAGAUUGUACAAUCCUGUACCUCGGAUAUUAAG